AUGGCUCUAACACUGUAUCGAGUAUUUAGAAUCUUUCCCACGCCACCUAUCGAUCAAUUCAAAUGGUUAAAGGAACGUACGACUCCAAUCGUCUUCAACAGCAUCAAACGGUGUUAUUCGUUAUCACCAAGACAUAAUGAUAAGCGGAUCAAUUCAAGCAUUGAUGAAUGUGAAAAAACAAUAAAACAAAUAGAAUCUGAAGGGCCAAUUGACUUUGCUUGCUUAGAACCAAUAGGACUCGAUUGGGCAUCAUUGCCUGACGAAGAUUUGAGUCAUCUGGAUGCACUCGACAAUCUCGAAAGCACUGAAGAAUCUUCCAAUUCAUCAAAAUCAAUAAAAGGUUCUGAAUCAACCGUUUCACGUACAAUUGCUGGUCAAGAUGCAGAUGAUGGUGGUGUGAUCCAACACCUUUCUUCUCCUGGCGAUCCCAGAUCGAUCAUCCCGCAAGUUCCUUGCCGCCGGAUUUCGGCCGGAAUUGCACAGGAAAUAUCCGAUCAGUUCCUGGCCGUUUCCAGCUCAAAUUUUGCAGGAAACGGUUGGAAAACGAACCGAACCGACUGUGCCAUAAUAACCUGGGAUAUAGCAGAUUUGUUCAUGCCAAAUUUAGGGUAUCAACGAAAACUUGUUGCUACGAUUUCCUCAUCGUUUUAUAACCAAUUGCAUGGUGUUCGAGUAUUGGUUAUACCAUUGUCAUCGGUUAUGAACAACAGUUCUUCAUCGUAA